AUGGUGGUCUCAUCGUUGCCUCUGAGCCUCUUCCUCUUCCUCCUGUCAAGCACGGCAGCCAUCCAAGUGACACCCGGCUCAUCGUGUGCAUCUGUCUGCCUCGACUCGUCCGAUGGCGACCCCAUGCGGGCAGCGGCGUCGACGACUAACUCUUCGGACAUUGUGUGCAACGAUGUUGACUAUUUCUCGUCGUCGACCGGGCAAAAGUUCAAGGACUGCAUCACUUGCUUGCAGACUAGCAACGCCCUCAGCGGCGAGGAGAGUGAUGUCUCAUGGUUUCUCUACAACCUGCGGUACGCCUCGGCCGUGUGUCUCUACGACUACCCGGGCCACAAGAAGACGGCCACAACGCCAUGCGAUCUCACCAGCGCCUGUGCCCCACUGCAAGGCACACUCGAGUACGGCAGCCUGGACCCGGAGAACGGAACGGAGUAUGGCUACUGCCAGGCCGACGACGGUGUUCUCUACGGGGCGAACGUCGAUGAUUGCGUGACCUGCCUCCAGUCAAGCUCCUCCACAUAUCUGGCAAACUUUCUUCGCGCCCUUCAAGCCGGGUGCAAAGAACAGCCGCUUCCAGGGGCGGCCCUGAGUAUAUCCGGCAACAUAUUCUCCGCCUUCCCCAUCAACACCACCGACGCGGGCAACACCACGUCGCCCAGCGCCACAAGCUCCGGCGGUCAAGAUAAGCCGGUGCUCACGACGGGCGCCACCGUCGGCAUUGCCCUGGGUGCCGCGGCGCUGUUCCUCGGCGCCAUCGCUCUGUUCGUGGCGUACUACCUGAGGCAGAAGAAGUGGGAGCGCGAGGACAAGGCCCGGCCGCCGCCGUUCGCCUCGGCCCACCAGUUCUACUACAGCAAGGACCCGGGCAGCGGGAGCCCGGCGUCCAUCACCACCUCCAACCACAGCUACGCGCUGCCGCAGUACACGGCCGACUACAAGCCGCAGCAGGUGGGCGCGGCCGCCGUCUCCGUCUCCGUCUCCGACUCCGAGACGCCCGAGCCGCUCCCGUCGGACUACUCCAGCAACGCCGAGUACUACGACCGCCUCGAGGGCAAGACCAGGGGCCGGCCCCUGAGGAAUAUAAGCCCGCCCAUGCAGAUAGCCGCGGUCGACAGCAACCACCAUGAGCAGGUCGACACGAUCGGCCAGCUCCCCACCAAUUCGCUGCCAACGCACCCGGCCUACAUCCCGCGCAGCAGCAGCAGGAACAGCAACAGAGGCACGCCCCAGCCAGGCGCCAGGCCGAGCCGCAACCCGACUCCGACGUCGGUGCGGUCGAGCACGCAGUCGGCCUCCCUGCGGCCGCAACACAACAGCACCAGCACCACCAACAGCGGCGCCAAGCCCGACUCCUACGCGAUCCAGGUCUACCUCAACGCGGCCGAGGACCCAAAGGUCCCCCCGCCGCCGCCCCCGGUCGCGGCGCCGUCGUGGUCAUCAUCACACCCGCCGCCUCGCGCCGCGCCCGCCUCCAACGCCGAGAUCGCGCGGAACAUCCAGAUCGAGCUGGCCUCCGCACAGCCCACGCCUCCUGCCUCCGCGGCGUCCCUCCCACAGGACGACGUCGCCCGACUACACCGCCGGCGAAGGCUCACCGCUUCCGCCGCCGCCGAGGAUCGGGUCGCUCAUCCUGCGUCUGUGCCGCGGAUCCGCGUGCCGGGCAGCAAGAAGCUGCCGCCACGCCUCGAGGUGCCCGACGGCGCCGGCGCCGACAUCUCGGGCCCGCUGGCGUUCCCGGAUAGCCGCUUCUCGACACGGCCGCCGCCGCCGCCGCCGGCGCCGGGGCAGGGUCAGGCCCAGCGGCAGGAUCGCAUCAUCACGCAGACAGUAAACCGUGGCGGUCGCUCGGUGGAGAUGCCGAUCGGCAGCGGCAAGAGCUACCUGUACGGGUGA